GGGCCGGGCGCGGGGAGGCCGCGGGAGCCGCCGCCGCUCCCUCAGCGCCUCGCCAUGGACUCGGACGAGGGGUACAACUACGAGUUCGACGAGGACGAGGAGUGCAGCGAGGACAGCGGCGCGGAGGAGGACGAGGAGGACGAGGAAGAAGACGAGCCCGACGAUAAUCUGGACCUGGGCGAAGUAGAGCUGGUGGAGCCCGGGCUGCGCGUCGGCGGGGAGCGCGACGGGCUGUUGGGCAGCGAGACGGGCGGGCUGGGCCCCGGCGGCGGCGGCGGCGGUGGCGGCCUGGGCGGCGGACCGGGCCCCGGCGGCGGCCCCGAGCAGGAGGAGGAUUAUCGCUACGAGGUGCUGACGGCCGAGCAGAUCCUGCAGCACAUGGUGGAGUGCAUCCGCGAGGUCAACGAGGUCAUCCAGAACCCGGCGACUAUCACUCGAAUACUGCUUAGCCAUUUCAACUGGGAUAAGGAGAAGCUGAUGGAGAGGUACUUUGAUGGCAACUUGGAGAAGCUCUUUGCAGAGUGUCACGUAAUUAAUCCAAGUAAAAAGUCGCGAACGCGCCAGAUGAACACCAGAUCAUCAGCCCAGGACAUGUCCUGUCAGAUCUGCUAUCUGAACUACCCAAACUCCUAUUUCACUGGCCUAGAGUGUGGACACAAAUUCUGUAUGCAGUGCUGGAGUGAAUAUUUAACUACCAAAAUAAUGGAGGAAGGCAUGGGACAGACCAUUUCAUGCCCUGCCCAUGGCUGUGAUAUCUUAGUGGACGACAAUACAGUUAUGCGUCUGAUCACAGAUUCCAAGGUUAAAUUAAAGUACCAGCAUUUAAUAACCAAUAGUUUUGUAGAGUGUAAUCGACUGUUAAAGUGGUGUCCUGCCCCCGACUGCCACCACGUCGUUAAAGUCCAGUACCCGGAUGCGAAACCCGUGCGCUGCAAAUGUGGCCGUCAGUUCUGCUUUAACUGUGGUGAAAACUGGCAUGAUCCUGUUAAAUGCAAGUGGUUAAAGAAAUGGAUUAAGAAGUGUGAUGAUGACAGUGAAACCUCCAAUUGGAUUGCAGCCAACACAAAGGAAUGCCCGAAAUGCCACGUCACCAUCGAGAAGGACGGGGGCUGCAACCACAUGGUCUGUCGGAACCAGAACUGCAAGGCGGAGUUCUGCUGGGUGUGUCUGGGCCCCUGGGAGCCCCACGGAUCUGCCUGGUACAACUGUAAUCGCUACAAUGAGGAUGAUGCAAAGGCAGCAAGGGAUGCACAGGAGCGAUCCCGAGCAGCCCUGCAGAGGUACCUGUUCUACUGCAACCGCUACAUGAACCACAUGCAGAGCCUGCGCUUCGAGCACAAGCUCUACGCUCAGGUGAAGCAGAAGAUGGAGGAGAUGCAGCAGCACAACAUGUCAUGGAUCGAGGUGCAGUUCCUGAAGAAAGCAGUCGACGUCCUCUGCCAGUGUCGUGCCACACUCAUGUACACUUACGUCUUUGCCUUCUACCUCAAAAAGAAUAAUCAGUCCAUUAUCUUUGAGAAUAACCAAGCAGACUUAGAGAAUGCUACAGAGGUGCUUUCUGGGUACCUGGAGCGAGAUAUAUCCCAAGAUUCGCUGCAAGACAUAAAGCAGAAAGUACAGGAUAAGUACAGAUACUGCGAGAGCCGGCGGAGGGUUUUGUUGCAGCACGUGCAUGAAGGCUACGAGAAGGACCUGUGGGAGUACAUCGAGGACUGAGCCCGGCCCCGCAGCAAUGAACUCUGAACCCUUUCCCAUCCUAGAGUGCUCAUGCAAUUCCAAUAAAACCCACCCAGGGCGCUGCUCCGCCUCUUACACCGCUGGUCUGUAGUACCGGGAUUCUGUUUUGUUAACAGAAAAAUUAAGUAAAUUAUAUUGUAAUAAAAAAAAAAAGGUAGAUAAACCAUUGUACAACAGUAUUCUAGGCGGCCAAGAGUGUGACAGACGCACUAAAAAACCCUCCAACUUUAACUUGUAACGUAGCUUCAUCCUCCAAGCCGACUCCUUUUUCUUUUCUCUCUUUCUUUUCCUGUGUGUAGUACAGAUGAAACUUAAACCAGUUUCUUGACACUGCUUUUCAUGUCCAAACCAGCCAUUUUGAUGGACUUUGGUAAGGGGGGUGGCUCUCCCGCCCCCUUCCUCCUCUCUGCCACCCAAAUACAUGGAUGAAUGUGGAUUGGCUCAUUGUAAAGAGGAUUUUUGGGGAGGGAAGGAGGGGGGUACACAGCAAGGAAAAAAAACCCCAACCUUUGUAUAUGACUUUUAAAACAAAAAGAGGACAACACAGUAUUUUUCAAAGUUGUAUAUAGCGCAUAUGCAUGGACAAAGAGCAAGCGUGGCACGUGUUUGCAUAAUGUUUAAUUACAAAAAAAUAUUUAUUCUUUAAAAAUCUUCAA